AUGGCCCGUGCAUCUCUAGAGAACUCGGUCUCAGUUUCUAGGGUGGCCGUGGCCCGAUUGUCGUUGUGGACUUGGAUAUCUCUGGAUGACUCAUAUUCGAAGACUGUGGCUUUGGGUUUAUCCAGCUCAGAUUCUUUUGAGGUCUUUGUUGGUCCGCUUGAGAAGCGGAGCUUGUUGUCGGGAGCCGCUUGCUUCUUCUUGUUGAUGACAACUGUGGAUUCUUCUUCCUCACCAUCUCCUUCUUCAGUGGAGAAUAAGGACAGUGUUGAAGAAACCCUAAUUGGGCAAGCGGAGGAAAGAAUCAGCACAUACCAGUCGGAGCUUCUUCCGGCGUGGCGGAACCACCGCUGCCGCCACCAACUGAACCCUAGGAGGGUAGACGAGACCCCCAACAUGUAUAUAAAUAUACCCCAGGACCAGAUAAUCACAACUCUACAAGUUCAUACAGUAAUCACCAACAAAAAGGCCGGGAACAAGAGAGAAAAGUAA